AUGUUCCAAUGUCCAAAAUGCCAAAGGACCUUCGCGGUGAGGAAAAGUUUGUUGAGACACUGUAGAGCGAGGUGCAGCCAGGAUGAGGAGCCCGCAUCCAAGCGUCCAUGUAAUGCAACCGCUCCACGCAGCACUGCAGACAAGUGGGAAUGUCCUCGAUGCCGGCAAAAAUUCUCGGCACGAAAAGGUUUACUGCGACAUGGUAGAGAGGUCUGCACAAGCGAGAAGAGUCCACCCGAACAACAACGUGUAGAAGCUAGCAUCACCCAGACCACCACAGGACUCAAUACCAGACGACUGGAUCCUUCAACAGCCAACGUUGCAAUACCGGGACCGAGUCGAAUGAGUCCAACCACCAGUAACGACUCACAGACGAGUGCGGAAAGCAGAACAAUUCGCUGUGAUAGUUGCAACUGUGAGGUACCGAGGAAUGCACAUGCAGCACAUCUGAAAAGCAUCAAACAUAAGGCACAUCUAUGGACACCUUUACACAAUAAUGUGUCACACCAAUAUAGUAAUAAGGUGUCUUUAGCAUACACGGACACUGAUUCGUUAAUAGUACAUGUUGAAACCGAUAAUUUCUAUGAAGACAUGAAAUCACACGUGCAUUACUUUGACACAUCCAAUUAUGAUGCUGACAACCCACAUAACAUGCCUCGAACAGCGUCAGAGUUGGGUAAGAUGAAAGACGAAUAUGGUGGCAAGGUACUGUCUGCCUUUUAUGGUACAGGUCCCACAGCAUACUGUAUCGAUGCUGUAGAUCAAGUGGCUAAACGAGCUAAAGAUAGUUACUACCCCGAUGUGCUUUCCAGUGUAAUAACAAGAAAGAAAUAUCUUGACUGGGUGGUACAGGAAACGCUGCAAAGUCUAAAGGAUACAGGUUGUGAGGUUUUAAGCAUCAAAGAAUUUGGAGACCUGCUGACGAACAUGCACUCCACACCAUCAGCAUAUGAACAAUACUAUUUCUAUCGGUGGAGUAAUGUAGUUUAUUUGGGUAAAGAGACCGUAUUGAAGUUAUUUCAAUUAGCCCCGCUGAUUGCCUAUACGAUGAAUAUGUUGAAAACUCAGGAGUUCCAGGAUGUACAAACCAAGCACAUCGAUGUGCGAGACUUCAUUAUGCAACACAUCUCUGAUUUGCCGCAUUCGGAGAACAUCAGGACUGCUAUGGAGCUGGCAUACCAAUAUCCAAACUUGAAAGAAUUCAACAAGGCUCCAACACUGAACUUUUAUUCAAAUUACUUAUCCUAA